UCCACUCCACCAGGUUGAAUAUUCCAAUAUUCAAACUCUGUGACCGGUAAAUUCAUUGCUAACGGCUCUUUCAUUAUAAAGCAAAGCUCCACUUUCAGACUUCAAAUUUUAGUCUACCAUUCUUUCAAUUAUUCAAUCUUCACUUCACUACAAUACAAAUCAGUAUUCUCACUCAUUUUCUUCCCGUUAUUUACACACACACUCUCUCUCUCUCUCUCUCAAAAUUCAGAACACAGCAUAGCAUCAUGGCCCCAACCCCAAAUGUCUGUUUGAAGCGUAAAAGACCCCCCAGCAUUGAGAUACCAAAUGUCUUGGGAGAGAUUCGAAUGGAGAAUUCUACUACGCCCCGGAACGAUGGAGUUUCUUUUGGGGAAGUUGGUGUUGGUGUUUUCUCACGUAAAGGCAAGAAAAAGUUCAUGGAAGAUACUCACAAGAUAGCUUCUUGCUUACAGGACAAUCCCAACAAAAGAUUCUUUUUUGGAGUUUACGAUGGACAUGGUGGUAAGAAGGCUGCGGAGUUUGUGGCAGAGAAUUUGCAUAACAAUGUUCUUGAAAUGAUGAAGAAUUGUGAUGAGAAAGAGGAAGGUGUUAAAGCUGGGUAUCUCAAAACAGACCAAGACUUCUUGAAGCAGGAUAUAUGCAGUGGUACCUGUUGUGUGACAGCUGUGAUUGAAGAAGGGGAUGAGGUUAUAGUUUCAAACGUGGGAGAUUGCAGGGCUGUUCUUUGUAGGGGUGGAGUAGCUGAAGCUCUUACAAAAGAUCACACAGUGGAAAAAGAAGAAGAACGAAAUAGAAUAGAAGCCAAGGGAGGAUAUGUGGAGAUUCAUAGAGGAGCAUGGAGAGUUCAUGGGGUACUUACUGUUUCUAGAAGCAUUGGAGAUGCUCAUCUCAAGGAUUGGGUGCUAGCUGAGCCUGAAACCAAGAUUCUGAAGCUCACACCAGACAUGGACUUUCUUAUUUUGGCCUCCGAUGGGUUGUGGGAAAAGGUUGGCAACCAAGAAGCCAUAGAUACAGUUAAACAAUCAUUAUGUUCAGUUGAGAAAAAAUUAGGACCCUCUUCCGGAGAUUAUCUUAAAGAGAAUGACUAUAGUGAAUAUGGCCUUGUUAAUGUGAGCCCUUCAUCAAAGUUACGUAGGACAAGUAAUAACAAUGGCUUGAACUUGAAGAAUCAAAGUGAACAUGAUUUUAUUGUCAAUGAAAGCGAAAGCCCUCCAUCAAAAUCGCGAAGAAUAUCUCUGGCUAAGCGAGUAAACUCGAAGAUGGACUCUCCCACAAAGCUGAGUAGUGAGGAGCUUGUGGCUGCAUGUAAGGAGCUUGUGAACUUGGCUGUAAACAAGGGUAGUUUGGAUGAUAUUACUGUGAUGAUAAUUGAUCUAAAUCAAUUCAGAGUAAUCCCAGCUUGUUUUUCAUCUGGUGAGAGGCCACAGGCUGAUGAUCCAGCUGCUGUGAUAAGGUCAGGCCAGAGUGUCUUCAUGUCAGUGUACAGAACAAAGAUAGCUGGUCAGUGUCGUUUGAUUACUAUCACUUGGUGUAAAAAUUUGCUUCUGAGAGGCCUUUCUGUUUCAAUCCAGGGAGUACAAGACGAAGAAGAUGAACAAUACCAAUGCAAGGUUGAGCUGAAGCCAUGGUACUUUUGGAGAAAAAAUGGUGACAAACAGUUUGUUCUUGAUGGGACAAUUGUUAAUGUGGCUUGGGACUUGAAAGCUGCAAAGUUCAAUGGCGAAACCGAGCCUCAAUCAGAUUACUAUGUGGCCAUUGUUUGUGAAGAAGAAGUGGUUUUACUAGUUGGUGAUAUGAAGAAAGAUGCCUUUAGAAAAACUGGUUGUCGUCCUUCUUUGAUAGAUCCCAUCUUGGUGUCUAGAAAAGAGCAUUUGUUUGGGAAGAGGAAGUUUUCGACUAGAGUUAAGUUUCAUGAGAAGGCAAACUCUCAUGAAAUCUUGAUUGAGUGUAACAACAGCAUCAUACCAAGUUAUGAUAGCACAACAGGGAUGAUUAGUACAGGGUCAGAUCCUGAGUUGGAAGUCCAAGUAGAUGGGAAGCAAGUUCUUCAUGUCAAACAUCUUCAAUGGAAGUUCAGAGGUAAUGAGUCAGUUUUUGUUAGUAAAACUAAGGUUGAAGUUUAUUGGGAUGUUCAUGAUUGGCUAUUUAGCUCUGGUACUAGACAUGGUAUGUUUAUAUUUAGUCCCAUAUCAUCAUCAUCAUCAACAUCAUCAUUAGUAGCAUCGUCAUCAUCUUCUUCUUCAUCAAAUUCGAGCAUCGAUCAUCAUCAUCAUCAUGAUCAAUCAGGAGAGUGUGAUGACUACGUUGGUGGGUCAUCUAGAUUUUCUUUGUUUGUCUAUGCUUGGAAAGUGGAAUAAUGUUGGUAAGUUCAUGCAAUAAGAUUAUCUUUGACCAAAAAUUUUCCAACUUCACCAUGGAAAUGAAGAGAAGUAAGUGAAUAUAUGAUCAUGUCAAGAAAAUUAAAAAGAGGGACCAUGGAAGAAAGAUGAUGAGGAAGGAAGGAG